AUGACUUCACAGAGCCCCCAAUAUCAACACUUUGUCCCUCAGUUCCUCCUUCGUAACUUCUCUCACCCCUACAAGCCAGAUGGACCAACCAAAGGCCGCAAAUUCCAAAAGGGGAUGUUCCCAAAAGACAAAGUCGUUCGGCACGUUGAUUUCGCGGUUGAUCCGCCUGUUAUUUGUGAGAGUCCCGUCAACCGGAUCUUGGGACUGGUCAACAUGUACGACAACCCGAACAAGCCAACCGCUUUGCAACGAGAAGUCGAGAUCCUGUUCUCCAAACUUGAACAUCAAGCUAGCCAGAUCUUCCGCAAGAUCAGCAAGGCUUUCGAGCAGAAAAGUACCGUGGUUUCAAUGUCACGAGCUGAACGCGAUCUCAUGCGCAAGUUCCUCUUCCUCCUCAUGUACCGGAACAGAGGGUUUCAUACCCGCUUCAACCAUGCCACGCCCGACGGGUACAACGAGGAUGAUAAGGAGCUUGUGCGCGAGUACAUGCGCAAGAACAAUAUCAUCACGCCACUGGAUGUGUGGCUCGACGGGAUCAAGACCAUCAUCGAGCUCCCUAUGGACCCGGGAAAGAAGUGGCUGGGGGUGUUGAUGGGCAAGAUGUACCCUCAAGACGCCAUGUGGUUCUGGUUACACGCUGAGUUCUCCUACAUGGCUAUUCUCACCCCUGCAGAGGAUGGCGACGAGUUUAUUCUGACCGACAACGCGUAUGCGAUAUUCGAAGGCCCCAAUACUUCUGCGCUGGACGCGGAGACGCAGGAAGUCAUUGAUACUGAAUAUCUUCCCCUUCAUACAUUUGCACCUAUUUCACCCAAGCUCUUGAUCGUGCUCCGAGCCGACAUAUUUCCCGAUCCCCUGGAAGACGCUGAUGAGCGUGUUAGGGAGGCGCGGAAACUUAUGCGAUUAGCAUGUCGUGCCCCUUUGGAAUCCCCAGGCUCGGAGAAGGUUCGCUCAUUGCUGGCGGACCUUCCCAUCUCAAAAGCUCGAAACAACUACACGGUGAUCGUUGAUAGCCGACUUGAGCUCAAAGCCGGGCAGCCUCCUAAAAGACGCCAAACAGACAGAUUCGACUUCACCAUCUUCCCUGUCAAACAAAACCAUGUCAACAUGAUCAACGGGAUUUUUUUGGACAGUUGUGCCCCUUGUACAAGCAUCGUGUUUGAGUCUCGUGACGCCUUUGCCCGCACACUCGAGUGGUAUCUCACUGCACCUUGCAGCAUGGGCAAAGUGUUGGGUGGGAAACACAAGGAGAUCCGCCGCCGGGCUUUGUUCAAGUUGGAGGCCAUCUCCCGAGCCUUGGGUUCGCAAAAGGAAACCAAGUGGCAAGAUGUAGAAGAAGUUGUGAUGGACAAUGUCGAGCAGUGGCGAGCAGAGAACCUUGACAAGCAACGCAAUCUUGUACGGCUCAUGAACGCAGAUCUUGACGGUCUAUACGAAGGAGUUCACAGGCAGGCAAACAAAUAUGGAAGGCCAUUCAACUCGAAGUCUUAUGGCCCAUACUUUCUCCUUGGUGGCUCACGGUACACAGCAGAGGAGGACUUUGCACAGGCUAACUUGAUACGAAGAUUCAGAAUCAAGAUUGACCUCUGGUCUAAAGGGAUGGUUGAUGAAGUUAUUCGGCAGAGAAACAGGGACUUGAUCGAGACUGCCUACCUUCGGCUCCCGCCACGACGUGUUUGGAUGCUCAUCAAGCUGAUCAGACUGAUGCUCCUUGCCGGUCCGGAUAAGCCGGUAGACCUAAAGCUAGCAAAAAGCGAAUUCGAUGGUCCAGAGGAUACGAUUGCACGGGUCCACCAUCUUGUCACACCCAAAGUCCUAAACGACCUUCUCUGGAGGACUCACAUCAACGACAUGUAUUCGAGACGGAAUCAUGGCGUUGACAUUUGGGCCAGGCAGAACGGCGGCUGGGAUCUUGCAGCGUGGGAGAUGCCGUUUUUGCAUCACAUACGGGGAAGCAUUAGAAACUGCGGAAUACCUGCAAUCGAGAAGUUCGGACUGGAAGUUCCCGGAUCUCCAACCCCCGCUUGCACCAUUGACACUUUUAGGGACAUGAGACCGACGGAUAUACGCAAGACAAUUGUCGAGCUCAAUGUGAGGAAGCUAGCAGAGUUGGAAUUUGACUCUCUUUUCGAUAACCAGGUGGAAUGUCACGAUCUGUUGAUGGAGUUCAAAAGGCUGUUCUUCCAGCUGUCAUACCCAACCCCACCCUACACGUGGUUAUUGGAAAUGGCAGUUCGAGCUGGAGUGUUGUGA